GAGUGCCGAGCCCGUUGGGCCGGACUCUGAAGCUGAUGCUGGGAUUUCACCCCAUCCGCGCCCAGGCCGACCAGAUGACGAAGCCGGAGAGCGUCUUCAAAGGCACCCAGUUUGGGGCCUCCCACAACUCCAGUAGAAAGUUUCGAACUGCCUUUGCCGCCCUAUCCGACGAGCCUGGUUCGCCGUCGGCCAAUGAGAUGUUGAAGUCUUCAAGUGGCUACAGCUCGUCGAGCGCAGCUCACAUCGAAGAUGUUUUGAACAGCUGUUUGAGGGGACUGGACAGAUCCCGAUGCCUUGUGGUCACUUCAGGUGCUCGUUGGACUGGUCGACAGCCAAGCUUUCCUGGCGCUAAGGUUCUUCAGAUUGACUGCAGGCAUUUCCAUGAUCCUGACAAUGACAGGUCGAUCCGAGGUUGCACUGGACGACAUCCUAGCAUUAUCCGAGGAGUUGCAUAUCAUGAGGCAAUGAAUGACCUCGUUGAGCAGGUGACAAAUUUCUUGAGGGCUAACCCGAAUGGGAAGCUUGUGAUUCACUUGUACUGCACCAGUGGUCGUCAUCGCAGUGUUGGAUUGGCAACUUUGAUCUACUACUUCUUGGACGUAACUGAUUGGAGGGAGCCUUUGCUGAUCCAUUAUCACAGCCCGGAGUGGCGUGAGAUGACUUGUGGAGGCCAUUGCAGCCUUUGUGCAACAGCCGACACCAGAGAGCUUAGAGACUUGAUGAACAGGGCCUACUACAACGGCGACGAGAUCUUUCCCCACGUUGACACCAGCCAGGACCGUGCCAGUUCCAGUCCGUGUAUGUUCCAGCAUAUCCACCUCCAAGCCGCAGUGCUGGAGACUCAUCUCGUGGAGGAGGAGUACAUCACGAAGGAGAUCGUGAUGACCGAGAUUAUGGACGAGAUCGAGAUGACCGAGAUUAUGAACGAGGCCGAGAUGCCCGAGACCAUGGCCGUGAUCAUGGAGGACAAGACCGACCAGAAGGAGAUCCUCUUCGAGCGGCAGGCGUGGUCGGCGAUCUCGAAGCAGACGCCGUAUGCCAUCUCCAAGGGUACCUUCUCCAAGGACCCCUCCAUCACCACCGAGGAGCAGCAGCCGCAAGGCAUCAGGGUGGACAUCAAGCUCAGAUCCCAUGUGAGGAGUACUUUGCUUUCAGGUGGCAGAUGGAUGCGUCAACAGGGUUGGGUGAGAUCGUCUUUCUACCGACCACGUGAUUCCACAGGCACGUCGUGGAACAGGCUUCAACGGGAAGAGGCUGUUGGAGAGAACGUCGAUCUCCCGACUACUUGGGCCGAUUUGGUGAUCUUCUCACAUCGAGACGUGCGCCCGCGAGCAUAUACGGGGCGCGUGGUCUUGUUGUCAGGUGGUCAGGGUAUGAAGUUGGAGCCCCAAAAGGGUCGAAAGGCCGCCCCAAAAUCGGAGCCCCAAAGGCAACAUCAUAAGGAUCCACCAGUUCCACCACAGCCUAGUCGGUUUAUGAUUUGUACAGAUGAUGACAUGUUCAAGGGAGAUCUCAAGAUUCAGACCCCGAAAACUGAGUCAACCGACUAUAGCACAAGUUCACCCGAUGGGAGCCCUGUUGCCAAACUUGUGAAAAGCGAACCCUCCAAUGAAAAGCCUUGUCAUGAGAAAACCCCAAAGGAUGAAGUGAUCAUCAAAAACGAACCCGGUGAUGUAUUGCCAGUUGGACUCAUGGCCAGAGAUCCAGAUGGUCCCAACAUGCAUGAAGUUGUUCUGGACUCCGUCGUGAUCGGAGGUGAACAGCAAUCCUUUUUGGAUGCUCGAAUUUCCCAAGAUUCCCAGAGUGACGGAUAUGAGCCAUCCGUACUUGAGGCGCCUGAACCAAUUGCUGCAGACCCCGUCUUGAAACCCAACCUGAGAGUGAAAGAGGGUCAUCGCUUAUGCCUUCCAGGCGCGAAUCCGUUGACUCAGCAGACAAACCUUCUGCUGAAGCACCACAGCCAACACCACCACAAGCCGCAGGGCCACAAUCAUGGCCCAAUCCGUAUGACA